GCCGACCCCGAGAGACGGCGGAAGAUCUUUCUCGAAAGCCACUUCACCGAGACCGGGAACCACCUUGGGCAGAAGAAGACGGUGCAUCGCAUCCAGAGCCGGUACUACUGGCUGGGGAUCGUCAAGGAUGUGGUGGACUGGAUCAAGAUGUGUGAAACCUGCCAAAAUGCAGAGCACGGCAAGAAUCUGCUGAAAAAGCCUCGACCUGUCAAAGUGGAAUCGCCAUGGGAAGUUCUCAGACUGGAUGUCUAUGGUUUGGUGCAUCCAAGAAUAUCUUCUGCAAUUUGAACUGGGACUUUUGUGAAGAGGUGAUCAGACUUCUCUUGGAGCGAUGGAACAUUUCCCAGCUUCUGACCCCAUCUGAUCCAGCCAGUUGCACUAGCCUGGACAGCCAAACCAAUGAACUCUUGAAAUCCGCCAUUUGCAACCUUGUGAACGAGAAGCCAAGUGACUGGGAUGAAACCCUUGAUGCGGUCCUGUUUGGGCUCCGCACAGCUGUCAGCCCUGUAACCAAAUACACCCCCUUUUUCCUCUUGCACAACAGAUACGCCUGCCUGUCCUCAGAGGCUGCAUACAUCAAAGACUCCUCUAAGGAGGAUGGGACCGAUUCCUUUAAAAAUAAUGGCCUCCCAUCCUUCAGUGCUGCUGCGCAGGAGCAACAGAACGCUGUGAAAGAGAUUGUGAUUGCCAACAUGGCUGCUUCCUACAAACAGGAACAGAAGGGCAUCCGGAAGAAAACCAGAGGCCUCUCAUCACUAACUUAUAAAAUUGAGGACGGCGUUUUUGAGGACAAUGAUGAGCAGGCGAUGAAGAGGCUGAAGAAGAACCAGUUUAUGUCAUUUCAUAUUGAGGCAGUCUUACCUCCAGAAGAGAGUGUAUCUAGUACGAAGAAAACUAGCUAAACAAGGCUCUCUGUGAUUGGGUCUCCCUAUAUAGAGAGAAGUGGAAUUCAACAAUUUGUUCAUAUGCCAAAGACUCUGCCGGGGCCGAGGGGCCCUAAAAGACUAAGUGAUAUUUAUAAAGAAGGCCAUCUUUUUUUACAGCUAGAUAACAUUGAAAGUUUAGGUUUUGAUUGUGUUUUUCAUCCAUUAACAUAAGAUUAUUUCUAUACUGGAUACACUACUAGAUUUCCAAUUAUCCUUGUGCAAAUACAGACCGUCUUUCCCAGCAAACCAAAGGUGGCUACGCAAUAUUUUUGUAGGUUUUCAACAACAACAAAAAUACAAGUUAAAGGAAAUCCCAAUGUUUGAACACAUUAACAAAUCUGAUAGGCAGCAGUGGAACCAGUAUGCAAAUAAAUGUGUUUACCAUAAUAUAA